CUCGCCGCCGCCGCCGCCGCCGCCUUCCUCCUCGCCGUCGCCAUGUCGUGCCAUUGCCAUGUGGCGCGAGGGUGGGGCGGACUCGGCGUCAACUACGGCACGGUCGCCGACGACCUCCCCACGGCGGCGCGCUCCGUCGAGCUCCUCCGCGCGGCGGGCGCGGGGGCGGUGAGGAUCUACGACGCGAACGCGGACAUCCUGCGCGCGCUCGCCGGGACGGGCGUGCCGGUGUCCGUCACGGUGCCGAACGACGCCAUCCCGUCGCUCGCCGCGGCGGCGUCGCCCGCCGCCGUGGACGAGUGGGUGGCGCGCAACCUCGCGCCGCACAUCCCGGCGGCGCGGGUGCUGUGCCUGCUCGUCGGGAACGAGGUGCUCUCCGACCGCGCCACCGCGGGGACCGCGUGGCCCAGCCUCGUGCCGGCGAUGGCCAACCUCCGCCGCGCGCUCUCCGCGCGCGGUCUCGGCCGCGUCAAGGUCGGGACGACGCUCGCCAUGGACGCGCUCGGUACCUCCUACCCGCCGUCCGCCGGCGCGUUCCGCGACGACAUCGCCGGCGCCGUCGUGCGGCCGCUGCUCGAGUUCCUGAACGCCACGGGCUCGUACUACUUCGUCGACGCCUACCCGUACUUCGCCUGGGCGGCGAACCACCGCUCCAUCUCGCUGGACUACGCCCUGUUCCAGGGCGAGGCGAGCACCCACUACGUCGACCCGGGCACGGGCCUCACAUACACCAACCUGUUCGACCAAAUGCUCGACGCGGUCGUCGCCGCCAUGGCGAGGCUCGGGUACGGGAACGUGAAGCUGGCGGUCUCGGAGACCGGGUGGCCGACCGCCGGCGACGCGGACGAGCUCGGCGCGAACGUCCACAACGCCGCCACCUACAACCGCAACCUCGCCGCGCGGAUGGCCAAGAACCCCGGCACGCCGGCGCGGCCGGGAGCCGAGAUACCGGUGUUCCUCUUCUCCCUCUACAACGAGAACCGCAAGCCGGGGCCGGGCACCGAGCGGCACUGGGGUCUCUACUACCCGAACGCGACGUGGGUCUACGAGGUGGACCUCGCCGGGCGGCGGCCGGCGGCGUCGUACCCGCCGCUGGCGCCCACGCCGCCGGCGCCGGACCAGGACGGGACUCCCGUGUGGUGCGUUCUUGCCGGCGGCGGCGGCGAGGCGGCGAACGAGACGGCGGUGGCGGCCGCCGUGGAGUACGCGUGCCGGCAGCGGAGCGGGACGUGCGCCGCCAUCGAGGCCGGCGGCGAGUGCAACCAGCCGGACACGCUCGCCGCGCACGCGAGCUACGCGUUCAAUGCGUAUUGGCAGCUGUUCAGGAAAGCUGGUGGCACCUGCUACUUCAACGGCCUUGCAGAGAAGACCACCAUAGAUCCAAGCCAUGGAUCUUGCAAGUUCAUUAGUUCUUUGGAUUAGUUAUAUGCAAAAGAAGAUUGACAGAGCACGAUGACUGGAUUAGGAGGAAUGAAGGUCAUUGCCUAUAUGACCUCAGAUUAAUUGUUCUACAUGCCUCUGAAGCAAGCAAAGAAUCACCUGUGAUUGAUCAGCUUCAAAUUGAUCUCAGUUUUUAACCAAGUUUUUUUAUAACUUUUUUUAACCAAGUUAAAUUUUGUUUCCUCAUCUUUCUCCUCAAAAAGUAAAAGAAAAUGUUAGUUCAAAACCCAAAAUGAGUAGCUUUAAUUAUAUGUCAUUCACUUGGAUUCAAGUUCUGCUUGUUUGGUAGAUACCAGGAUUACCCUUAGACAUUGUUCGGUUAAUCCCCAAGAGAAAAAGAUUAGUGUGACUGAUGGAAAUUAAUGUGGAAUUAUUCCUCUCUAAAUUUUGCUCAAUCCUCUUAUUGAUGGGAUUAAACAAUUCUCCUCAAUCCUCUUAUAAUAAGAAAAGAGGAGUAAGGUUGUGCUAGUUUGUGCCUGUUGGGAGCCUAUCCCUCCGGCACGAAAAACGAAAUAGCUUAUUAUCGCAUAAUUAAUUAAAUAUUAGCUAAAACUAACUUAAAAAAUGGAUUAAUAUAAUUAUUUAAGCAACUUUCCUAUAAUUUAUUUUUGCAAAAAACAUACCGUUUAGUAGUUUGAAAAGUGUGCUCGCAGAAAACGAUGUAGAUUAGUUGAGAACAACCCAAAAGAACACAGCUUAAGUCUGCUUUGCUUAGCAAAGUAACCGGACAAUAACCGUAUGUAAGGGAAACCUAGUUGAUACGCAACUUUGACACAACCAAAAUAACAUAAACAAAACUACAAAAGCGUAGCAUCAAAAACAAAAUUGUGGGUGACCGUUCGUUGGUUGGAAGAGUAGGCAAAUCAAUCGAACAAUUUUUUUGUACUUUACAAACAUGGCCAAACAAUCUCUGAAGAAACUUUGUCGUGAGCUGUUGCAACGUGA